GUCUUAUACAAGCAGUCAGUUAAUCAGUAACGAACUUUAUAUCGAAGAUAGCAGAUCUUAGUCAGUAAACGCACCAAAGUAAUUACCAUGAAGACAUUUUUGUGCCUGUGCGCAUUAGUCGCCAUCGCUUUCGCUCUUCCUGAAGACAAAUACACUGACAAAUAUGAUAAAAUCGAUGUGGAUGAAUUACUUUCCAAUCGCCGUCUUCUUAUUCCGUACAUUAAAUGUAUUUUGGAUGAAGGAAAGUGCUCCGCUGAUGGAAGGGAAUUAAAAUCUCACCUCGAGGAAGCACUUGAAAACGAUUGCGCCAAAUGUACGGAUGCUCAAAAGAAAGGUACUAAGAAAGUAAUUCGACAUCUUAUCAACAACGAACCGGAUUACUGGAGCCAAAUUGUUGCUAAGUACGACCCGGAACAUAAAUACUCGGUCAAAUUUGAAGAGGAAUAUAAAAACCAUUAAGGCUGAGUAAUUAUGUAUAUGAGUUUUUAUGUAUUCUUUUUAUUUAUUACUAAAUAAUAAAUAAAUUAUUUAAUAUUUUUUAA